AGAGGAACAUCAAGAUGAUCGAACGGGGUAGACGAUGGUUGAUAUACCUACACAUAAGGUAAGGUACCUUACACAUCCACAUGGGCCUUGAAGCAUGAACCGCCAGGAACUUCUCCCUACAGUCUCAAUCUCAGCAUUGGAACGCUUUCAACUGGUCGUGGAAAUGUCGCAAGAUUCCUGCGGCCGAGACCAAUGCGUUCCACGCGCCCUGCAUUCCAACCCGAAGCGGAACCACAGAAAGAAUGUACGAAUACCUAAAGUAACCACCAACCAGCGUCCGCAUCGUCCGCCCAAGGUACCUUAUCCUUUCUCCUCUGCCUGUCUCCGGACAACGGGGGGAAAUCGUCCAAGCGUCUGAUGCGACUGGAACUUAUCCCUUUCGGGGUGAUCCAAACACA